CCAAAUGGGAUGGUGUAGAAAUCUUCUGUAAAACACAUGCUCUCCUGAUGGCCUAUUCCUGGACACUCCUGAGGACACCCUUGAUCAUAAGCAGGUCUGCAGGUCUGAUGGUUCAACUCUGCCAGAGACAGAUCUUUAAUGCAUAGCACAGCAUAGAGAGCAUAUCAGAAGAAGAAGCCAAACUAUCUGUGACUCCCAGUCUUGACUUCUUUUCUGGACUGACAUUUCCAUGACUGUGGCUUCACAAUGUGUGUUUCUGAAGUACUGUCAUACAAGAGAAUUACACUCCUGCUACAUUGGCUUGGGGUUUUUCUAUCUUCUUCUGGACAUACCCAAGGUGAACAUCCCCAGUAUCAUAGUCCUUCAGAAGUAGUGAUUCCCUUGAGAAUAACUAACCAUGGUAGAACCAUGAAGCCUCUAGGCUGGAUCUCUUAUAGCCUGCAUUUUGGGGGCCAGAGACACAUUAUCCACAUAAAGGCCAAAAAGCUUUUGUUGUCCAGACACCUCCCCCUGUUCACCUACACAGACCAAGGUGCCCUCCUUCAGGACUAUCCUUUUGUCCCAGAUGGCUGCUACUAUCAUGGUUAUGUGGAGGGGGACCCAGAAUCCUUGGUUUCACUCAGCACCUGUUCUGGGGGUUUUCGAGGGAUAUUUCAGAUAAGUGGCAUUUGUUAUGAAAUCCAGCCCAUGAUGUUUUCUUCCACAUUUGAACAUCUUGUAUAUAAGCUGGAGAGUGAGAAGACACAAGUUACAACUAUGAGAUCUGACUUUAUUCAAGAUAAAAUAGGAUUUAAAGAGAGUGAUCAUUUGACCCUGAAGCAAAGUAGUUAUGAAGGCUGGUGGACCCAUUUGAGGAUUGUUGAAAUUAUGGUGGUGAUUGAUUAUUUUCUAUAUAUUCGUUAUGAAAAGAAUGAUUCACAAGUGAUGGAAGAUCUAUAUAGUAUUGCAAAUAUAGUGGAUUCCAUUUAUGAUGUAAUGGGUGUUAAGUUGUUUUUGAUUGGUUUGGAAAUCUGGACUUACCACAACCCAUUCAUUGUAGAAGAUGGAAGAAGAUCUCCAUACGUUUUUUGCCAGUGGAAGAAGGAUAAUAUAUUCCCCCGGAUAAAACAUGAUACCACACAUCUUUUCACAAAUAAGCCAUUAGGUGGAUUAAGUGGCAUAGGUAUACUUAAAGGAAUGUGUUAUGUAGAUACUAGUUGUGCAAUUGUUACUUUUUUAAACAAAACAUUGGGCAUUUUUGCAAUUGCAGUGGCUCAUUAUGUAGGACAUAAUUUGGGUAUGACCCAUGAUCGUGGUACAUGUAAAUGUGAAAAGUCAAAAUGCAUAAUGCAUGAAGACAAUCCACCAGUAACUAAAUUUAGCAAUUGCAGUUAUGAUUAUUUUUGGUCCUACAUUGUAGGAAGGACAUCAUGCUUGCUCGAAACUGUACACACAAAAGACAUUUUUAAUGUGACUCGCUGUGGAAAUGGAAUUAUUGAAGAAGAAGAAGAAUGUGACUGUGGGCCUUUGAAGCGUUGUGCUAAAGAUCCUUGUUGUCUGCCAAACUGUGUUUUGACUUAUGGAGCUAACUGUUCUUCUGGGCUUUGUUGCAAAAACUGUAACUUCUUACCACCUGGGGAACUGUGUAGAAAGGAGGUCAAUAUGUGUGACCUUCCAGAGUGGUGUAAUGGAACCUCCUAUGCCUGCCCAGAUGAUGUAUAUGUGGAAAAUGGAAUUCCCUGUAAUGACAGCGCCUACUGCUAUGAAAAAAGAUGUAUUAACCGCAAUGAUCAGUGUAGGCAGAUUUUUGGUGACGGGGCAAAGGGUGCAAAACAGACUUGCUACAGAAAAAUCAAUACUCAAGGUUCCCGUGUUGGUAACUGUGGUAUCCGUGGUGCUUCUUACAUAAAAUGUAGUAUGUCAGAUGUCCUGUGUGGGAGAAUUCAGUGUGAGAAUGUGACAGAAAUCCCCACUUUGAUUGAUCACUCGACUGUACAUUGGGCUCAGUUCAAUAAUAUAACUUGUUGGAGUACUGAUUACCAUCCCGGGAUGACCAUACCUGAUAUUGGUGAAGUGAAAGAUGGCACAGAGUGUGGUCCAGAUCAUGUCUGCAUCCAUAGGCAGUGUGUCCAUAUAGCCAUCUUGGAUAGCAACUGUUCACCUGCAUUCUGUAAUAUGCGUGGCAUCUGCAACAAUAAACAUAAUUGCCACUGCAACUAUCUGUGGGAACCUCCCAACUGCCAAAUAAAAGGGUAUGGAGGCAGUCUUGACAGCGGCCCAGCCCCAAGGAUAAAUAAGGAGAACAAUGCUUCGUACCUGAUAUUAACAUUGCUUAUUAUUUUGUUUAUUUUAUUGUGUUGUCUUCUUAUGCUUUGCAAGAAAAAAAAAGAUGUGAAAGAACAAAAUGUUCAGACUCAAUCUGCAAAAGGACAGAAGAAUAUUCAGAAACAACCUGGCUCAUUACUUUCUCAAAGUGAACAGGGAAAAAAAAAUAAUCAGGACAAAUUUCAAAAUUUGAAU